AUCACACCUAAACCCUUUCACCUCUCUCUCAACAAACUCUUUUUGUUUCUACUUUCAAUUCAUCGAGUUACGUAACGUUACCAAACUAUUCUUGACUGCACCGAUCAAUCACAUGGCUUUGGAAUCCCUCAAAUCACCCACCACCGUCACUCAUUCAUUCACUUCCUUUGAAAUUGAAGAACCUAAUCACAGUUACAUCGAUACACCGUGGACCAAACGUAAACGUUCAAAGCGUUCUCGUAUGGAUAGCCACAAUCACCAAUCUUCAUGCACUGAAGAAGAAGAGUACCUCGCUCUCUGUCUCAUCAUGCUCGCUCGCGGUGGCAAAGAAACUAUCUCCACCGCCAAAUCACCUAUUCUAUCGCCGCCGGUAACCACCACCGCUAAGCUCAGUCAUAAAUGCUCUGUUUGCAACAAAGCUUUUUCAUCUUACCAAGCACUUGGCGGACACAAAGCUAGCCACAGGAAACUCGCCGUUAUUACCACCGCUGAAGAUCAAUCCACCACCUCAUCAGCCGUGACGACAAGCUCCGCAUCCAACGGUGGAGGUAAGAUCAAGACUCAUGAAUGCUCCAUCUGUCAUAAAUCCUUCCCUACAGGACAGGCUUUGGGAGGUCACAAGCGUUGCCACUACGAAGGCGGUGCCGGUGGUGGAAACAGCGCCGUAACUGCUUCUGAAGGAGUUGGAUCGUCUCAUAGCCACCACCGUGACUUCGAUCUUAACCUCCCGGCUUUUCCGGACUUUUCAAAGAAGUUUUUCGUGGAUGAUGAGGUUUCCAGCCCUCUACCUGCAGCGAAGAAGCCGUGUCUUUUCAAUAUGGCAGAGAUUGAAAUCCCUCAAUACUGAUCAAUAUAUUAUAUACAGAUCCAUGUUUAUAAUUAGUGCUUUAGUUAUUUAUUUUUUAUUUUAGAUUAUUAUUUGGGAUCAAUUUGUUCUGUAAAUACAAGUUGGUUCUCAUUCGCUGCUUUUAGAGUUUAGAUUGUAAUUUGACAGUGGAAAUUCAAUUCAUUGCUUAUUUAUAUUUAAUUUUUGGAAAUCUAUCGAAUUUAAAUUUGUUCGAA